CAUCCUGUGCGUAAAAGUCUGGACAUAAAGCCCACUCUGUUUGAUUGACAGCGCUGCCAUGACAACCCUGCAUCAAGUUGUGUCCAAUGAGGACUCAGAUUCGGGGGCCCUCCCUGGCACCCAGGUGAGCUUAUAGAGUCAAACUCCAGUGGCUGUCCCUCACUGGGACACUUUGUCUUCUGGUAUCCAGAUGGUCUUCAAGUCGCCACUCGACUUUUUCUCAGCCUCCCUCCUCCUGCCUCACCUCGCCGACGGGCCUCCGGUCCUGGCCCACUCCCAGUCCCUGGAGGACCCGGUCGUCUGUCCUCCCCUGGUCCUGCCCGGACUUUGCUUCUCGGCGUCGCAGAUCGCUGCGGUCUGUGAGACCCUGGAGCAGACCGGAGACGUGGAGCGGCUGGCGCGCUUCCUCUGGUCGCUUCCGGUCACCCCGGACGGCCGUGACAUCAUCUCCGUGCACGAAUCCGUGCAGCGUGCCCGCGCCGUGGUGGCAUACCACACCGGGAGCUUCCGGGAGCUUUACCGCAUCCUGGAGACGCACCGUUUUACGCGCGCAUCACACGGCAAACUACAAGCGAUGUGGCUCGAAGCUCAUUACCAUGACGCCGAGAAGCUGCGAGGUCGACCCCUGGGUCCGGUGGACAAGUACCGUGUGAGAAAGAAGUUCCCGCUACCAAGGACUAUCUGGGACGGAGAGCAGAAGACGCACUGCUUCAAAGAGCGCACGCGGGGCCUCCUGAGAGAGUGGUACCUGCAGGACCCGUAUCCGAACCCUGGCAAAAAGCGGGAGCUGGCACACGCUACCGGCCUGACGCCGACUCAGGUCGGGAACUGGUUCAAAAACCGGAGACAGAGAGACCGGGCCGCAGCGGCCAAGAACAGAUUGCAGCACCACAGAAUGUGCGCCGACGGUGCGCGCGUCCUUCGUUUGGACGUGAGCGCGGAGCGCACGGAUGGACGCUCGGUAACGGACAGUGACUCUGACCUGGAAGUGUAACGACCUACGGGCAUCAAACCUGUGAUCCUCCGACAGGGAUUCCAGGAGUGACGGCGCAAGAAUGUUUAAUCCUAUAAAUAUUUUGAAGUGUUUUCCUUCUGAUGGAGAUCAUAAAUCCAUAUCACCAGCCGGAACUGAUAAGUUAGUUCA